GACGGGUGGCAGCGAAGGAGUGGCGCCGCUUAGGCCGACGGGCCUCGGCGGCCCGCUCUACCGCGGAGGUGCCUGCUCGACAUCCCUGAGAGGCGGGGGCGAAUCCUCCUGCGCGCGGCGGCGGCGGCGGGGCUUGGGCGACGCGCCACGGCGGGCCUCGCGCGUUUUUUGCCCUCCUUCCCGUCGGCCCUUGCGCGACCCUGUAACUCAAGAUGGCGCCGACGUCCGUUCUCCCGCACGCACGCACGCGAUCCGUGGGCUUGAAUAUACGGGGAUUUUUCAGGCAAAAAAGAAAAAAACCCGGACCACGGCAGAGCUAGAAAGCGACGUCGCCCACGCGGCGUCAACGUCGUGGCGUCAUCGCGGCCCCGCCCCCUUGAAAGCCCCGCCCGCCCCUCUGUCCCCGCGCCCGACCUCUGCAGCUCGCAGCCGAGGCGGUUUCGCGGGUCUGCUCGCCUCGCGGGCGAGAGUAGCUGAAACAAUGGAAGAAAACAAUGAUUGUGUGGGCUUGGCUGAUACAAAAAAUACCACUCCAGAAUCAGUGGCCCAAACUGAAGAGAAAAAUACAGACAAUGUUUCAGAUACCUCCAACAUGUACAGGUAUAUCAAAGAUGACUUGUUUACUUCAGAAAUCUAUAAGGUAGAACUUCAGAAUCUCCCCAAAUAUAUUGGUUUUAAUGAAGUAAAGAAAUUCCUUGCCAAAUACGGACUGAACCCACAUAAAAUAAAACUGAUGGGGAAGCAGACUUUUGCUUUUGUCACCUUUAAGAGUGAGGAAGAAAGGGACAAAGCUAUGAAAGUCCUCCACGGGGUCCGGUGGAAGAACCGAAACCUGAGUGUCCGGUUGGCGAAACCAAAGGCAGAUCCCAUUUUGAAGAAGAGGAGGAGAGAAGAAGGGACCGGAGACGCCGCAGCCAAGCGUCCGGCUUUAUCAAAAGGCGGCGAAGAGGAGUCUCUGAGCAAGCAGAUAGCAGACGUGGUGACUCCUUUGUGGACUAUUCCGUAUGAAGACCAGCUGGUGAAGAAGCAGCAACAGUGUGAAGAAGUGCUGUUGAAACUGACAAGGGAAAUGGGAAACAACAACCGAACGCUGCUGCCGUGGUUGUUCCUGCAAAAGGAGAAGCAUGGUGGGCUGUGUUGCUCCUUGGAGGGAGUGCAAGCAUCACCGUUGCAGACUGAGUACCGCAACAAAUGUGAAUUUUUGAUUGGCUUAGGCCCAAAUCAGGAAGAUAAAACGGUCGGCUUCCGCCUGGGCAAAUACAAGGGUGGCACCUGUGCUGUAGUGGAACCCUUUGAUACCAUUCACAUUCCCGCUGUGGCGAAAAAGGUGGCAAAGGCUUUUCAAGACUACAUACGGUCGACGUCUUACAGUGUGUAUAGCCCAGAAACCUAUGAAGGUCACUGGAAACAGCUAACAGUUCGUACUAGUAUGAACGGCCAUGUCAUGGCAAUUGCCUAUUUUAACCCACAGAAAUUAAGCAAAGAAGAACUUGCGACAUUGCAAGCCUCUAUGGCUACGUACUUCACAGAAGGAAUUGGGAAGGACAGCGGAGUAACAUCUUUGUAUUUUGUAGAAGAAGGUCAAAGAAAAUCACCCCAUCGUGAAGAUUUAAUCUUGAAGAACAUCGCUGGUGACAAGUACAUUCAAGAAAAUCUUCUAGGGCUAAAAUUCCGGAUUUCCCCCCAUGCUUUUUUCCAGGUAAACACCAAGGCGGCAGAGGUUCUAUAUUCAGCCAUUCAGGACUGGGUUGAGAUCAACCAGGACACCACAGUGCUGGAUGUUUGCUGUGGGACUGGAUCAAUUGGCAUUUCUCUUGCUCAGAAAGUGAAGAAAGUUAUUGGAGUUGAACUUUGUCAAGAAGCUGUUGAAGAUGCCAAAGCAAAUGCUCAGCUUAAUGGGCUGAUGAAUGUUGAAUUCCACUGUGGAAAAGCUGAAGAACUUGUUCCUCAACUUGUUAACACGUUAGCGCUGCGUCAUACAGUUACGAUUGUGGAUCCUCCACGAGCAGGGUUACAUUCCAAAGUGAUUCUCGCCAUCCGGAAGGCUGAACACCUGAGGAAGCUUCUUUACGUCUCCUGCAACCCUCGAGCCGCAAUGAACAACUUUGUGGACCUUUGUCGAGCACCUUCUCAUCGCGUCAAAGGGAGCCCUUUCCGGGUGAUCAGAGCACAGGCGGUGGACCUCUUUCCUCACACGACACACUGCGAGAUGCUCUUCUUCUUCGACAGAAUUGAGUAUGCGGACGGCAAAGCAAGUAACGCCUCCGCGUGCUCGGCGGAAACCCCGGCUGUGGAAUCAGAAGACGCCGCUUCUGUUGAGGCCGACACCAUGGAUUCCCCGGAAGGACGGCAAGGGAACGCUCCAGCCAGCGCUCCUUAUUGACCACCGAGCCCAGAAUGACCCUGCUCUUUCGCUUCCUAAACUUAGAAGUGUCUGCCGCCGCCGCCGCCCCUCCCUUCGCUGCGGUCUUCCCAGCCCACUGCUGCUUAGGAUACGAAAACAGGCCGAGCUGGAGUAGGUCGACAGUUCAAAGGGACCGGCAGAAGCAAACGCCUAAAAGCUGAAACCAUUUCCUGUUUUUUUGUAAUGGCCUAUUUUGAAACCAUGGGGCGAGAGGGGAGCCCUGUGUACCAGGACAAGCCAGCCAGUAAACAAUUAAAACCA